AUUACUAGAACAAGGUCUGUGAUUUUACAGUCACAAUCAUGUAGAACAACAGAAGUCAAGAAAUUUCCUCUCAUUUUCUCUGUCUUCUUCCUCUUGACUUCAAAGGAGACUUCUCUAUUCAGUACUCAAUUUCAUCACUAAAUUCAUGGAAUCUCCUUUCAAUGAUAUCUUCAUACACAACUUACAAGAAUUUGCACCAAUGAAUUCAGUUUCAGUCCUUUCAGAUUCAAACAGUGGUGCAACUAGUUGUAUGUCAAACGGAGGAACUUUUUCACAAGAGACCUCUCCUCCUUUUGUUACAGCGUUAACGCGUUUAUCCGAAAAUCUCGAAUCCGUAUUCGAAACAUCUGAAUUCAGUGAUGCUGUAAUCGUUGCAUCUGAUACUCGUGAAAUCCCAAUCCAUCGGUGUAUUUUAUCUGGUAGAAGUGUGUUUUUCAAGAACUUGUUUUCUAGUGUGAAAGGAAAUGAUGGGAAGGUUGUAUUGAAAGAUGUAGCUAAAGAUUUCAAAUUAGGAUUUGAUUCUUUGAAUUUGGUUUUAGCUUAUUUGUAUAGUGGGAAAGUGAAAACUCUGCCUGUUGAUGUUUGUGUCUGUGUUGAUGAAGAAUGUUUACAUGUUGGGUGUAGACCUAUUGUUGAUUUCAUGGUUGAAGUUCUUUAUGCUUCAUUUACGUUUCAGAUUUCGGAGCUCGUUACGCUUUUUCAGCGCCGCCUGCUAGACAUUCUUAAGAAGGUGGAAGUAGAUGACAUAUUAGUGAUUUUAUCAGUUGCAAGUAUGUGUGGAAGAGCGUGUGAGAAAUUAGCUAUGGCAUGUAUUGAAAUUGUUGUUCCGUCUGAUGUUGAUCUUGUAACUCUGGAGAAAUCAUUGCCCCCCUGUGCUGUUAAGCAAAUACUGGAUAAGCGUACUUCACCUGACAGUAAAACCAAUGAUUUUCCGGGUAAGCAUGCGAGGACAAUUUUUAAAGCAUUGGAUUGGGAUGAUGUUGAAUUGGUUGGGUUGUUACUCAAAGGAGGAAAGACAAGUCUAGAUGAAGCAAACGCAUUACAUUAUGCGGUAGCAUAUUGUGAUGCAAAAAUUACGAAAGAGCUCUUAGAGAUGGGAAUUGCUGAUGUUGAUCUUAGGAAUCAGCGGGGAUACACUGUGUUACAUGUAGCUGCAAUGCGGAGAGAACCUGAGAUUAUAGCUUCUAUCAUUACAAAGGGUGCACGGUUAAAUGAUGUUGCACCGUGUGGAAGAAAAGCACUUCAGAUCUUGAAGAGACUAACCAAAUUGGUAGACUACCAGCGCUGCAUAGAAGAGGGAAAAGAUGCUCCCAAGGAUCGUUUGUGCAUUGAAAUACUGGAGCAAGCAGAAAAUGAAGCACCGUUAGUAGGAGACGCUUCUUAUUCUCUUGCUAAAGCUGGAGAGGAUCACCGUCAGAAAUGGUCGGACUUAGAAGAUAGAGUUGCUAUGGCACACCUUUUAUUUCCUAAGGAAGCGCAAGUUGCAAUGCACAUUGCAAAAGUGGAUGGCACGAAGGAGUUCCCACUAACUGCCAAUUGUGGAUCAUUGACUGGCCAUCGGAUAGCAUUUUCAAACCUAAAUGAAGCACCAUUUAUAAUAGAAGAUGCACAUCGUAAAAGAAUAACAGCACUCUUGAAAACUGUGGAAUUCGGGAGGCGGUUCUUUCCUCGUUGUUCCAAAGCACUCGACAACAUUGUGGAUGAUAAAGACCUAAUUGAUCUUGCAUAUCUGGGAAAUGAUAUUGACAAUCCAGAGCGGCAACUUAGAAAGAGGAGGUACAAAGAGAUUAUAGAAGAUUUCAAAAUAACAUUCAGCCAGGAUAAAGUAGAUUAUGAGAAAUCUAGAGCCAAUUCGCCAUCUUCAUCAACUAAGGGACUUUCUCAAACUAAUGGCAAAGUCAAGUCUAGGAAAAGAACCUAAACAAAAAUAAUUUACAGUUUGUUAGUAAGAAUCCCUUAACUAAGUCGAUGGCAAGACUGAAUUAUUUUACCUAAUUAAUGAAACUCAUGAAGUAUUUUUGUUAGAAGCUGAAGUUGUAAGAAAGAAAUUUGCUAAACUUGAUUUAAGGCUUUUUAACUAA